AUGAAGCUCAACAUAUCCUACCCGGCCAAUGGGUCUCAGAAACUGAUCGAGAUUGAAGAUGAACGCAAACUCCGGCCGUUUAUGGAGAAGCGCAUGGGAUCCGAAAUUCCCGGCGAUUCUCUAGGAGAUGAAUUCAAAGGAUAUCUGUUCAGGAUCACUGGUGGAAAUGACAAGCAGGGUUUCCCUAUGAAGCAGGGUGUCUUGGUCCCAACACGUGUUAGACUGCUCCUCAGCGAUGGACACAGUUGUUACCGCGCCCGCCGAACGGGAGAGAGAAAGCGCAAGAGUGUUCGUGGAGCUAUUACCAACUUCGACCUCAGCGUCCUGGCCCUCAGCAUCGUCAAGCAGGGCGAAGGCGAACUCCCCGGCCUUACAGAUGUCGUCAACCCCAAGCGACUCGGCCCCAAGCGUGCCACCAAGAUCCGCAAAUUUUUCAGUCUCGACAAGAAGGAUGAUGUGAGAAAAUUCGUUAUCCGGCGCACCGUCACUGGCAAGAAUGGAAAGGAAUAUACCAAGGCCCCCAAGAUUCAACGUCUUGUCACCCCCCAGCGCCUCCAACGCAAGCGCCAGCGGAUCGCCCUCAAGCGCCGCCGCGCCGAGGCUGCCAAGGAACAAGCUAACGACUAUGCCAAGCUGUUGGCUGCGCGUGUGCACGAGGAGAAGGCCAAGCGUGUGGAGCUCCGAAAGCGAAGAGCGUCGUCGAUGCGGAAGUAGUGGUAAUGCGGGGCCCAAGGAGGAAGGUGUCUUGACGGGUAUUCCGAGGGGAGAGAGUUGAGGUUGAAGUUGGGGUGGGAGUCUUUUUUCCAUGUGUUUGAACUCGAUAGACGAAUACCAAGUAUUCGAGGGAUGAUGCUUCACGAUGAGAUGGCGUGGCGGGAUUGGGCAAUCAAUCAAAUACACAAAUGGGAAUUAUUCUGUUUUUUUUUUUCUUUUUCUUUUUCGCCUAAGGAAAGCAUGUUAUAGUAUUUUUUUCCCUCGCCUUUUCAGAAAUCCUUGCCUCUCUUACCCAUCGGUGCGAGAGAGACAUUCAAAUCCAAAAUUUGAUUUCAGGUUUUUCCCG